UUGAUUUAGUGGUUUCUAGCCUAAGACAAUUUUCCCGGAAUGUAUUUCGUAAACUUACAUGUGAUUGGUUGUAAUACUCAUCAACAACAUUUUCAUUGGUCAAUCUACACGUGUCUCGAUUCGUCCCAUCAGCCUUUCGAUGUUCAGACGACGAAGGUCGUGUCGUCAAAAAUGGCGGAGAUAAACAUGCAGAAUAAUGAGGACUACUACAAGACAGCAGUGUAUAAUGUUACCCCAAGACCAUGGACGCUAUGCGCCAAUUAUAAACAUCAGUCAUCACCUUACAGAUUUUGCCAUUCACCUAUUACACCAAUGCUGGCACACAUUGCAACUAAAUUGAGGACACCUAUUGCAAACAAAUCUGUAAUAAAUAUUCAAGAACCAAUAGAAAGAGUUGGCACACCUAAAUGUUGGAUGCUAAGCCAGUUGCCAUUCACAACACCAUUACUGCUAAACCUGCUGGACAGUGUUCAAGCUGAAGCUGUCAUUACAAACAAUACAGAGUUUGUAGAUCUACUGCAACUUAUAGAUGAGGAAGUAAACGAUCAAGAUUUGCUCAAGACAGAUUCAACCUGUAAAGGAAAUAAUAAUGGGCCAAAAGUCAAAGUCAAUGCAGAAAAUGUAGUUUCCAAAGAACCUCCUAAAGCCUCAGCAUGGCAUCUUACUCUGACCCACCGUGUCCCCAAGAAUAACCCUGUCCUAAUCCGAAGGCGGUACAGAAAUAAGCCACUUACAAAUGAGGAGAGAAAACAUCGUCAGAGGAAAGAUAGGUUCACAAAACCAAAUGCAAGUGAACGAAAGAGUCAGAGAUCAAGAAAACAAGUACAGAGAUACCAGUGUCUGUAAACUCAAACUACAUGCCUUACAUAAUGACAUUCAAUAUGUUGUUGAUUGUUAAAUAAAAACUGUACAUAUU